CGCUUGCCAAUCUCCUUUUUACCACGGAGGCACGCAGACUCAGUCGUCUCUGUUCUCUUUAUAACUGACGAUUCAUUUCUCUCAUCUGAGUUCUGAUCUCUGAUCUUUGAUUUCUGAAACGAAGGUCGGCAUUGCAGAUUUCUGUCCAAUCUCUCCCGAUCUACGAGCUUAAUCGCUUGCGAAAAUCCUUCGGCUUCAAUUUUAUAUCGCCGACCAGCUCCGAGUUGCAUUUCUUGAUCCACUUUUUCAUAUCGAUUGGUCUUGAUUUUCUUCUCUGAGGUAGAGAAGACAACAUGGAUAAUUUGAUCUCUUUGGUGAACAAGUUGCAGAGGGCUUGUACUGCUCUAGGUGACCAUGGAGAAGAGAGCGCAUUGCCGACCUUGUGGGAUUCUUUACCAGCGAUCGCUGUCGUCGGUGGACAGAGUUCAGGGAAAUCUUCAGUCUUGGAAAGUGUUGUGGGAAAGGACUUCUUGCCUCGUGGAUCUGGUAUUGUUACUCGGCGUCCACUUGUGUUACAGCUUCAGAGGAUUGAUGAAGGAAGAGAGUAUGCAGAAUUCCUUCACCUCCCAAGAAAGAGGUUCACCGAUUUUGCUGCUGUGAGGAAGGAGAUCUCAGAUGAGACUGAUAGAGAGACGGGACGCUCGAAACAAAUAUCCACUGUUCCUAUUCAUCUUAGUAUCUAUUCUCCUAAUGUUGUAAACUUGACGUUGAUUGACCUUCCUGGACUUACAAAAGUAGCUGUUGAGGGUCAACCUGAUAGUAUUGUGCAUGACAUUGAGAAUAUGGUUCGCUCCUAUAUUGAAAAGCCCAAUUGUAUAAUUCUUGCAAUUUCACCUGCCAAUCAAGAUCUUGCUACUUCUGAUGCAAUUAAGAUCUCCCGUGAGGUAGACCCUAAAGGAGAGAGGACAAUUGGUGUCUUAACCAAGAUUGAUCUUAUGGACAAGGGUACAAAUGCAGUUGAUAUAUUGGAAGGCAAAUCAUAUAAGUUACAGUUUCCUUGGAUUGGUGUUGUUAAUCGUUCUCAAGCUGAUAUUAAUAAAAGUGUUGACAUGAUUGCUGCUCGGCGUAGAGAGCGUGAGUAUUUUGCAACUAGCCCAGAGUACAAGCAUCUUGCUCAAAGAAUGGGCUCCGAGCAUCUUGGAAAGAUGCUUUCCAAGCAUUUGGAAACUGUUAUCAGGUCUCGAAUCCCGGGCAUCCAGUCCCUUAUUAGCAAAAGCAUUGUUGACCUAGAAGCAGAGUUGAGCCGUCUUGGGAAGCCUAUUGCUUCUGAUGCUGGAGGAAAAUUAUACAUGAUCAUGGAGAUCUGUCGUGUUUUUGACCAAAUAUAUAAAGAGCAUCUAGAUGGCGUGCGCCCAGGUGGUGAUAAAAUCUACAAUGUGUUUGAUAAUCAACUUCCUGCAGCUUUAAAAAGGUUGCAAUUUGACAAGCAACUUGCUAUGGAGAAUGUAAGAAAACUAAUUACUGAAGCUGAUGGGUACCAGCCUCACUUGAUAGCUCCAGAACAAGGAUACCGCCGCCUCAUUGAAUCUUCUUUAGUCACCAUAAGGGGUCCUGCAGAGGCAGCUGUUGAUGCGGUCCAUUCUAUACUGAAGGAGUUGGUUCACAAGGCUAUUGGCGAAACUAUGGAGCUAAGGCAGUAUCCCACUCUUAGAGUGGAGGUUGGAAAUGCAGCAUGCGAAUCAUUAGAUAGGAUGAAGGAAGAAAGCAAGAAAGCAACCCUCAAACUAGUUGACAUGGAAAGUAGUUACCUGACAGUUGAUUUCUUCCGGAAGCUUCCUCAGGAUGUUGAGAAGGGGGGGAACCCAACACAUUCAAUUUUUGAUAGAUAUAAUGAUUCAUACCUCAGGCGAAUAGGAACAACCGUCCUGUCCUAUGUCAACAUGGUCUGUGGAAGUCUGCGGAACUCUAUUCCAAAAUCUGUUGUAUAUUGUCAAGUGCGAGAGGCCAAACGUUCACUACUUGAUCAUUUCUAUGUGGAGUUGGGUAAAAAGGAGUCAAAACAUCUUGCUUCCUUGUUGGAUGAGGAUCCAGCCGUCAUGGAGAGGCGGACUUCCCUUGCUAAGAGGCUAGAGUUAUACCGAAGUGCCCAAGCAGAGAUUGAUGCAGUUGCUUGGGCUAAAUAGAAAGAUUCUUCUUCUAGUGAUAAAAAUUCCUACGCUGUCGAUUUUCCACACCCUCUCACUCUUUCUCCUUCCUGACCAUGUGGACUCCUUAUUGACAAAUCUGCUCCUUGUGCCACCCAUUGGUGUGGCUUGGGAAAUGCUCCCCACACUCGCAGUUUUGUUAGUUUCUAAUCAUUUUUCCAUAUCAUUUGAAUUUGUAGAGUUGGGACCGAUUCAUUCAUUCGUGUUGAGGGAUUGAGGGGUUUACGUAACUUAUUAACAUGUGGGUUAGAAAUGCAUAUUAGAGGCUCUUCAUAUUCUUUUGCCUCUUGUCAUCUUCGAACAUACACUCUUUUUUGGUUAUAUAUAUUAAAGGCUAAUUGUUAUUGUUA